AUGAUGGCGGUGCGUGAACGCGCAGUUAAAGUAAUGGCUGCUCUGGAACGGCGGGUGCCUUGUCUCGAUGAUUUCGUUGGCCAAAGCUGGAGCGUUUGGAUAGAAAGGACCAGUUUGAUACCUUUGGAUGGGUCAGAUGGGGAUGAUUGCAGCAAAAAUGGCAAAAAAACAACGGAAACCAUGACUUUAAGGAAGGAAGACAUGUCCAUCUUUGGCCACUGUCCCGGGCACGAUGAUUUCUUCCUGGUUGUGUGUAGCCACUGUGGUCAGGUGGUGAAGCCGCAGGCCUUUGAGAAGCACUGUGAAAGAAGGCACGGGUCUGUGGGCAAGCUCUAUGCACACCUGCGUUCCACCCCGCCCACCGCCCAGCAGCGGACACACCCCCGCCACGCACUCCCCACGCCCACUCCGGGCCACGGGACGGCCUCCUGGAGUGGCAGGAGCCCGAGCGGGAGUGGGCCCCAGCGACCAGCAGCCCAGUCGCCCCCUACACCCCCUCAGUACAGACAUACCAAGACACCCAAGGAUGGAGUUCGCCUCUUGCCUCUGGAAAAGACCUCAGGCUCUGGGCAUUCUGAGUCCUCCAUCUUCAAGCAACCUCCACUCUUGGAGCCCCCUCGAAGCUCCCCUCCACCCAGCCUCAGAGACCCACCCUGGCCUCAUGGAGGCCCCUCACCCAACCGGCCUACCCCGACUGAAAGACCUCAGUCCCAGAGAGGGGAGGCUGGCUCUGCCCCUGUCACUCCUGGGCAUGUCCGGGGGACCAGGCCCUAUAAGAUGUCAAAAAAAGAAUGUGACCUGGAUAAACACUGUGGUGUGUUGGAUCCAGAGAGGAAGAAAGUUUGUACUCGGCUGUUAACCUGCAAUAUCCACUCCAUUCACCAGCGGCGGAAGGUUAUGGGCAGAAGUAAGAACUUCGACCAGCUGGUGGCAGAGCUGAAGAUGGGCUCGAAGAGUCGUGAGCGUGUGGCACCUGCCCAUGAAAGCGCAGCCCCCCAGACACCCAGCCCUGAAGGCCCCAGAGAGCCUGCCCCCUCCCCACACUGCAGAAGACCCCUGACCAACUCGCCAGCUUUCAGGACGCGCACGUUAUCUGAAAGCGGCACCGAGGACGAGAGGGCUGUCCGAGAGGACGGAGGCGGCAGUGGCGUGCGAGCGGCCUCGCCCCUCGCUCAGGCCCGGAUUUCCAGUGAUGAGAGCGAGGGCGAGGGCACCGACGAACCCGCCGAUUGGCACUCCACUCCCUGGCACCCCAAACCACUUGCGUUCUGUACGUUUGGCAGUUGUGCUCUGGGUCAUGGGGUCUUCACAUUUGACCGACGACUGCACCAUCUGCGGUCGGCUGUCAGUGCCAUGGUGGAGAGCCACCUCAGUGCCCACCUGUGGAAGAAAAUACCUCAAGCAUCAGAUCCCCAAUCCCAAAGUCCCUCAACUAAGCCUUCAGCCAUUCCUGCAUCCCCUUCCUCUACUUUCCAUCAUUCCAAGCCAAGGGCAGGAAAUUACAACGCCACCACCCUCAAGACUUCCCCAUACUCUUCCCUCCAGGGACCAGGCAAGGAACCCCACCCACAGAGUUCCUCCACCAGCAGGAUCUACGGUCAGUCCGACAAGCCGGCGGGCAGCCAGCCGGCCGGUCAUUCCAGGCUUGGCCGUGCGGCCAGCCAGCCGAGCCCCGGUCGACCAAGGAACCCAGUUGGCAGACCCAGCAAGCAGCAGCUGCGCCUCAGGGAAGCGGAGAAGGCCGCCGCCGCAGCCUCUCUGCGGAAGCGUAAGACGUCUCUCAGUGAGACGGACGCCAUCAGCCCGGACAGGAACUGUCUGAGCCCAGACCGGGCCCGGACGCUCGGGUUCAACAAAUCAGCUCCAGCUCCCACCCCGGCACCGCCACAGUCUCACGGACAGACCAACGGCUCGCUCUCCCCAGGGCACAAGCCCCCGAGGCUGCAGCUGGGGCCGGCGUCUGCCGACGCUGCUCACGGCCCCUCUCCGUGGCCGUUUAAGCGGACUCACCCAACGGGUCAUGCCUCUCCCCCUGACCCAGGCACGCACGGGCGAGGGGGAAACUCAGGACACCACAGCAGGGUUCCCAGCUACGAGCACAGAGGACUGGCAAAGAAACGCAAGAGCAGUGACUCGUCACCUCCCCACAAACCCCACCGGCUACCCACACCUCCGCACUCUGGAUUCUAUCCCUGGAAAGAGAGCAAAGGGCCCGGUUUGCCUGUAGGAGGGGAGAAGAAGGCAAGCGCACCCAAGCCAAAACUACAUCGCUGAGCAGGCCAGCCUUCCAAGCCAAUAACUAGGAGCCCUGCAAAGUGUACGGACUUUGGAUACAAGACUCCAGGUGUGUGUGUGUGUGUGUGUGUGUGUGUGUGUGUGUGUGGCUAGUUGACUGGUUGUAUGUGAGAUUGGCAGAGUCUGGAUGUGUGCGUGUGUAUGAGGGUGGCUUUUUGUAUGCCAAUACAUGAAUGUCUGUGUGGGAGAGUAUGACAGAAGAUGGGGGAGUGAAUUUCUCCGUGAAUUCAGAAAUACCUCACAAUCUACUGGAUAUGCUGCUAUAUAAAUGUUGAUUUAUAAAAUGAAUUAAAAUAUUCUUUAUACUUGA